AUGGACAGUGUACGACUAGCUACAAUAACAGAACCGAAUCGAGCUGCUUCUCUUCAUCCAACUGUUGCUUUUUCAGAAAGAACCGUGCAAAAACGCCAAGUUCUUCUUCCCCCACUCCCAAAUGUGCACCAGUCUUCACACUACCUAGAAUCUUAUCUAAAAAAGGCUUUGGAUCGCGGGGCUUUUGAUCCCUUAGGUGCUAAACGCAUGACCGGACAACAAAAUGUGUCGCGCCUGUUAAAUAACGUUAUGCUGCCUCAACCUCCGGUUACGGCUUUUACACCCUUGCCUGACUCUCGGCCUCCACAGAAAGAGUUGCACAUACCAACGGAGUUAACAGAACAACAGCGACAUUGCCUGCAGCAGCAGCCACAGCCGCUGGAGAAACGGCGUAAGCAUCACUGCCGCACAUGCGGUAGGGGCUUUACUACGUCGGGUCACCUUGCACGUCACAACCGAAUUCACACAGGAGAGAAGAACCAUACCUGUCAUUUUCCAGGGUGCGGCCAGCGGUUUAGCCGACAUGACAAUUGUCUCCAGCACUAUCGCACGCAUUUGAAGAAGAAUGCCGGUGGUGUUACCGGAUUAAAAUAA